AUGCCUGCUGUGCUUGCUGCAAGUCUUGAGAAAACCAUCAAGCCCAAAUUCAAGAUUUUCCAAGAUAUGGGCUUUUCUGCCGAAGACAUUGCUGAGAUUAUCUCAAACGAUCCAGAAAAUUUGCAUCGCAGUGCAGACAGUAGGCUCAGACCGUCAUUAUUGGUGUUGAAAAGAUUAUUGGGAUCUAGUGCAGAGGUAACUAAGGUUUUAAAGAUUUCUGGUUGGUACUUGAGUCGCGAUUUGGAGAAGAGUGUGGUACCCAAUGUUGAAUAUUUGAAGAGUUGUGGUGUAGGCAUGGAGCAAAUCAUAAAGAAUAUGUAUAAAUUUCCAAGGUUUCUCGUGUAUAGUCCAAAAAAUAUGAUAAGUUCUGUUAAAAUUGUUGAUGAGAUGGGGACUUGUAGAAGUUCCAGAUUGUUUAUUCAUGCUGUUCAGGUUGUUGGUUCAAUGAGCAAUGAGACUUGGGAACUCAAGUUAAGGCAUUUUAGGAAUUUGGGGUUUUUGGAAGAUGAUAUUUUGAAAAUGUUUCAAAAGGCUCCUCGGGUAUUUUCUGCCUCACAGACGAAGAUAAGCAAGGUAGUAGAGGUUUUACUUGCAACCGGGAAGUAUGAUCUUUCGAGCAUUGUUAACAGUCCAGUAUCAUUUACUUGCAGUGUUGAAAAGAAGAUUAUACCAAGAAUGCAAGUUUUAGGGAUUUUGGAGAGUAAGAAUUGGAUUGGAAAGUGGCCUAGUCUUUCAACUAUUACUAAAAUCGCAGAUAGCAAAUUUGUGGAGAAAUUUGUUCAUCCUUAUUUAUAUGAAGUGGGAGAAGUAUAUAUGGCAAAUAGUGCACUCAACAUAAAAAAAUAUGAAAAUUAG